GAGAAUGCUCUGUCAGCGGCCAGUCCCAUUUCAAAAGCUUUGACAACAAAUAUUUCACCUUCAGCGGGAUUUGUCAGUACUUAUUUGCCAAGGACUGCGUGGAAAAUUCCUUUUCUGUGAUCAUCGAGACCGUGCAGUGUGCAGAUGAUCCUGAUGCCGUGUGCACUCGCUCAGCGUCUGUCCGAAUCCGGGAUAUGGACAACAGCCUCAUUAAAAUGAAACAUGGAGGAGGAGUUUCACUGAACGGACAAGAUAUACAGAUCCCUUUGAUACAAGGUGCCCUCCGUAUCCAGCGCACAGUGAGGACUUCAGUUCGCCUUACCUAUGGGGAAGAUUUGCAGAUUGACUGGGACGGUCAUGGUGAACUCCUAGUGAAGCUGUCUCCAGUCUAUUCUGAAAGGAUGUGUGGACUCUGUGGAAACUACAAUGGUAACCAAGGGGACGAUUUUCUUACACCUUCUGGCAUGGUGGAAGCUCUUCUGGAAGAUUUUGGAAAUUCCUGGAAGCUCAAUGCAGACUGCCAAGACUUGUCAAAACAAGAUAGUGACCCCUGCAAUCUCAAUCCUCGUUUAGCCAAAUACGCUGAGGACUCCUGCUCAAUUCUGAUGUCUUCUGCAUUUGAACCCUGUCACCAUGAAGUCAGUCCUACUCCCUAUGUGAAGAACUGCCGCUUUGAUGUUUGCUCCUCCUCCAAUGGCAAGGAUUGUCUGUGCUCUGCUAUUGCCAAUUACGCAGCAGCCUGUGCUAGGAAGAGCAUCCUGGUCCAGUGGAGAGAACCUGACUUCUGCCCAAUGACCUGUCCUGAAGGCCAAGUGUACCAGCAGUGUGGGACACCAUGCAACCAGACCUGCAGAUCUCUGUCCUAUCCGGAUGAGGACUGUGAUGAACUCUGCGUGGAAGGAUGCUACUGUCCCCCUGGGCACUACCUGGACGAGCGUGAGCAGUGUGUGCCAAAGUCCCACUGCUCUUGUUACUAUGAUGGUGAGAUCUUCCAGCCAGAGGAUGUCUUUUCAGAUCAUUACACCAUGUGUGUAUGCCAUGGUCGAAAGUGGGAAUGCACCAAAAAUAUGUGUGAUGGCACUUGCACUGUUAUUGGUACAGCUCAUUAUUUGACAUUUGAUGGAUUGAAAUACAAGUUUCCAGGAAACUGUCAAUAUGUGUUAGUUCAGGAUUUCUGCAAGGAUGGUUCUGGGACGUUCCGGAUACUAAUUUCAAAUGAAGGUUGUGGCUUCACUGGAGAAAAGUGCACCAAAAAGGUUAUCAUUCUGUAUGAAAGUGGGGAAAUAGAGCUGUUUAAUGGAAACGUAAACAUCAAGGUACCUCUGAAAGAUGGCAGUGAUUUAGAAGUCAUGAGGUCUGGCCGUUAUUACAUCAUUUUACUGGGCAAAAGCAUCAGUGUGACCUGGGAUCUGGCCAUGGGAGUCUCAGUUAUCUUAAAAGGCAAUUUCAAAGAUCAAGUGUGUGGUCUGUGUGGAAAUUUUGAUGGAAUCCAAAACAAUGACUUGACCAGCAGCAAUGAACAUCUUGAAGUAGAUCCAGUUGACUUUGGGAAUUCUUGGAAAGUUAAUCCAUACUGUGCUGAUGUUGAAAAGCCCAACCGGGAACAGACCUUGAUGUCUCCACUGUGUAAUGGAAACAUAGUGAAGCAGGUGAUGGUAGAAACGUCAUGCAGCAUUUUGUCUGGGGAUCUCUUUGAAGAAUGCAAAAAACUUGUGAAUCCUGAGCCCUACAUAGAUAUUUGCAUGUAUGACACUUGUGCUUGCGAAUCUAUUGGGGACUGUGCUUGCUUCUGUGAUGCUAUAGCAGCCUACGCACAUGUCUGUGCACAAAAAGGUGUUGCUGUUCACUGGAGAUCACCAGCUCUGUGCC